AAGAACUCACAGUAUCUAAUGUUUUCAGUUUUUACGGACAUUAUAAUUCUUUCUCGUGUUUGGGGCCUCAGCUUAGUUGUUUUCCCUGUCCUCUUCUUCGUCUGUUCAAUUGCUGUCCAAAAAAGUUUCACUUUUCACUUCACCCUUUUCGGUAUUUGUCAAUAUCUCCAAUUUUCUUGAAAAGGAUUCAACUUUUUUUUUUGACAAGAUUCUGAUUCCAUAUCGAAUUUGAGCUUCUAGGCUUUCUUGUAUUUGUGUUUGAGGUUUUGGGUUCGAUAGUUUUGAGGAAUCCAUUCAUAAAGGAGCUGUCUUUAAUCGAAUUAAGCCAACUUUGUGUGUUUUUCACAUGGAUUCUUGCCAUUGAGUUUAGAUUCUCUUUUAUCUCAAAAGGGGACUUUUUUUAAGACAUUUGUUUGUCAGUGUGCCGUUUAAAUUCUGCCCACGAAUUUCAUCCCAUUUUUUUGCUGAUAAUUUAUGUCAAACUCUUCACACAAGGAAAGUUUUCUUACCACAUAGCUGUACUCUCACUGGUCACUCUUUUGCUUCUCUCUCUAAAAAAUAAAGGUAGUAAGUCAAUAUAUACUCAUAUAUCUCACUCUUUGCUAGUAGGCCUUGAGUUGAGCAGCUACUUUACUUUCUUUAUACUCCCAGAUUGCUCUGCUAACUGCAGUUUUACCCCUUUUAGCUUCUCAAAGAGGUUCGAGGAGGAUCGAAGUUUGUUGAUUUCAAGAAGAUGAACGGAGCUGCAUUGGUAGCAAUUGCUGCCACAAUUGGCAACUUCUUGCAGGGAUGGGAUAAUGCAACCAUUGCAGGCGCGGUCGUUUACAUUAAAAAAGAGCUUGAGUUGUCAGCUGCCAUAGAAGGGCUUAUUGUGGCAAUGUCACUCAUUGGUGCCACGCUUAUCACCACAUGCUCGGGGACGAUUUCGGACUGGGUUGGUCGACGCCCUAUGCUUAUUUGUUCGUCCAUGUUCUACUUCCUAAGCGGGAUUAUAAUGCUGUGGUCACCUAACGUCUAUGUCCUGCUCCUAGCAAGGCUGUUGAAUGGAUUUGGUAUUGGGCUUGCCGUUACUCUCGUCCCCCUUUAUAUAUCCGAGACUGCACCCUCGGAGAUACGAGGCCUGUUGAAUACGCUCCCCCAGUUCACUGGCUCCGGUGGGAUGUUUUUGGCAUAUUGUAUGAUUUUUGGGAUGUCGUUGCUGGCCUCGCCCAGCUGGCGACUGAUGCUGGGAGUUCUUUCUAUCCCGGCUCUUCUAUAUUUUGCUUUGACAGUCUUCUUUUUGCCCGAAUCUCCUCGGUGGCUCGUGAGUAAAGGGAAGAUGCUCGAGGCGAAACGAGUGUUGCAGAGACUACGUGGCAGGGAUGACGUUUCUGGUGAAAUGGCUUUAUUGGUCGAGGGCCUCGCUGUCGGUGGUGAGACGUCGAUAGAAGAGUACAUCAUCGGUCCAGCAGACGAAUUAGACGAGGACCAGGAACCAACUGCAGAUAGAGACGCCAUCAAACUGUACGGACCCGAGGAGGGACUCUCAUGGAUUGCAAAGCCCGUCACCGGGCAGAGUCGUCUCAGCAUGGCUUCUCGCCAAGGAAGCAUGGUAACUACGAACGUGCCUCUCAUGGACCCACUGGUGACGCUCUUCGGCAGCGUCCACGAGAAGCUUCCGGAUAUGGGGAGCAUGCGAAGCAUGCUGUUCCCCAACUUCGGCAGCAUGUUCAGCACUGUCGAUCCUAACAUGAAGAACGAAGAGUGGGACGAAGAGAGCUUGCAGAGAGAAGAUGAGGGCUACGCAUCGGAUGCGGGGGACGUAGAGUCUGACGACAACUUGCAUAGUCCGUUGAUUUCACGUCAAACAACAAGCAUGGAGAAGGACGGCAUGGUGCCCCAAUCCCACGGCACCGUCUUGACUAUGCGACGCCACAGUAGUCUAAUGCAAGGGAAUGCCGGAGACGCGAGUAGCAUGGGUAUCGGCGGUGGCUGGCAGUUGGCGUGGAAAUGGUCCGAACGAGAAGGGGAAGAUGGCAAGAAAGAGGGAGGUUUUAAGAGGAUAUAUUUGCACGAGGAGGGUGGUGUCCCCGGCUCCAGACGAGGCUCCCUUGUUUCACUCCCUGGAGACCACGCUGCUGCUGCUGACGGAGACUAUAUCCACGCAGCGGCUUUAGUUAGCCAACCAGCCCUUUUCUCAAAAGAUCUUAUGCAUCAGCGUCCAGCCGGACCUGCAAUGGCACAUCCUUCGCAAUCUGCUGGAAAAGUCUCGAUUUUGGAGGCUCUUCUUGAACCAGGGGUGAAACGAGCACUGGUUGUCGGGAUUGGGAUCCAAAUACUGCAGCAGUUUUCUGGUAUCAACGGUGUUCUCUACUACACACCUCAAAUCCUUCAGCAGGCGGGCGUAGACGUUCUUCUCUCCAACCUCGGAAUUGGCUCCGACUCUGCAUCUUUCCUCAUCAGUGCAGUCACAAAUCUGUUGAUGCUUCCGAGCAUCGCCAUCGCUAUGAGGUUCAUGGACGUGGCUGGUCGAAGGUCACUGCUGCUGACAACAAUACCAGUUCUAGUAAUAUCCCUCAUAGCCAUCGUCAUCGGGAACGUUUUCGAUUUCGGAGAGGUCAUCCACGCUGUCGUCUCCACCGUCUGUGUCGUGAUCUACUUCUGCACGUUUGUGAUGGGGUACGGACCGAUCCCAAACAUUCUAUGCUCAGAGAUCUUCCCAACCAGGGUCCGCGGCAUCUGCAUUGCCAUCUGUGCAUUGGUCUUCUGGAUAUGCGACGUCAUCGUCACGUACACGCUCCCGGUGAUGUUGACUUCAAUAGGCUUAGCUGGCGUAUUUGGGAUUUACGCUGUCGUCUGUGUCGUCUCGUGGAUAUUCAUAUUCUUGAGGGUUCCAGAGACCAAGGGCAUGCCGUUGGAGGUCAUCACGGAGUUCUUUGCCGUCGGGGCGAAACAAGGGGUGGCGAAGAAUGAGUAGACGACCGGAAGGAAUCCGAUGAAUCGGCCGCAGCCCGUUGGCCAUGCUGACGUGGAUGGUGGUGCCAUCCCAAGCAGUUUUGUGCAGUGUAGCAUUGCACUUUGUAUCAUACAAAAUGUUUUAAGCAUCAUUGUUGUGACAUGAGAGUUUAAGGCUUGAAUCAUCAACUUUUGGGCACAAUUCAGUUUCCUUUA